GGCAAUCAAAUGUUAACAAAGCUAUUUUCAGCUUUUAAAAGUUUGCUUUGGCGCAAAUUAUAAUGGUGAAUUAAGGGUGGAGAAAGAGAACGGAUAACAGCUUGAUUCAAAAGAAUGACUUUGUUGUUCAGUGGUGAUGGAAUUCGGAACUGUGCUAACUUAUUAAUUUUAUUUAUUUAUCGAAUUUAUUUAUUAUUAUAAGAAGUCACGAAACGAUCAGCAACACAGGGAUUUCAUAAAUUCUUAUAAAAAUUCAAUUAUAUAUGAUGAUACCUUUCAAGGAUAGGGUAACGUUACUGACAAAUAAAAAAGCCUUUCAAGAGUUAUUUACAAUCAUCGAAAUAAUAAUAACACUGUAGUUCUCACUGAUCUUUUCGUGAAAGACCUGAAUUUUUGCUAGAAAGAAGAUUUUCAGCAGUUAACAAUCAAUGGGAAGUAUAGACUGGAAGAUCUGCCAGCAUUGUUGAGUCGAGAGUUGUCGAUGGCGAAAUAGAUGAGAGGCAGAAGUAUUACCAACAAAUGAAGCUUGAUUUAAACUUUGCCUUAUAUUAUGAUGAAGUAUUCAUCAGCAACAAUUUAAGGAAUAAUUGAUCACAGGAUUUUACCCACAAAUUCACACAAGCAUGUGGAAGAAUUCUCAGUACGAGAGUUAUCCGCUAAUUCGAAUUAAUCAAUAAAAUGAAGUCUGAACUCUUGACACGCAAGAAUCAAGCUUCAAUCAAUUUUGGUUUUGCAACUGCUCUUUCAUCCACAUAUCAAAUGGUCUCUAAUGCAAAACAUUCUGAAGAGGAUGCAAAUAUGAUCGAAAAUUACAUUUGUAAAGAUGACAAAAUAAUUCGUGGCGCAUUUCUUAUUCAAACAGUAAAUACUGUGCCUUUGAUUUAUGAAGGACCAGCUGGUCGUGAGGCCGAUACAUACAUUCAAAGUUUAUCUAUCGAACAUUUUGAACUUAUACGAAAAUUUGUGGAAAAAAAUGACCCAACAGAAAUGGAAGAUUUUUUAUGGAUCCAAGAUAAUGCUACGUCCAAAAUAACAAUUCUAAGUAUGGAAAAUUUUCGGAAAAAUAUGAAAGCAUUUCCAUCAACAAAACAUGUCAGAUGGCGUGACAUAUCUCUAAAUGAAAUAAAUGUUUGUCAAUAUGAUACACCCACAAUAUCGAUCAGUUAUUGGACCCGAAUAAUUCAUUGUAUCUAUCAAAAUAAGCAUUUUUUUUGGUUAUCACUUUGGGUGAUAAUGCUUCUAUCACUAAUAGUGAUAGUUAUUUUUUGUAUCAUCCAUUCAUCCUCCUUUAAAGCUAGUCUUACUAACGUUUACUUCAAUUCCCCUCAAAAAUAUUGAACUUUAUCCGACAUAUUGGGUCCUAUUUCGAGC